UUGCUCCGCCCUCUAGGAAUUUCUUAAAUGGAGGAAGCAGGGCAAGAUAUUGUUCACACUGAGGUUAUCUUUUAGUCAUUCAACAAACAUUUGUGGGGCAAGUACUAUAUGCCAUGUGUUGUGCACUGAACUCAGAGCUAGUUUAGUGAGAGAGAGACAAGUACUUCUGCAAACAGUUGCACAGAGUGCAGUGUGAUGUAUCUGUGGCGUGCCUAUGGGAUCACAUAAAUGAAUAACCAGCCCAGAUAGGGAGCAUUGGGAGAGACAUCCCAUAGAAGUAACAUGAACUAGAUCUUGAAGGGUGAGUUGGCUCAGUAAAGAAGAGAAGAAGGUUAUUUUGGGCCAAUGCAGCGAGACAUGCAAAAUAAGAGCCAACAGAGUGAGUCUGGCGUGUUCCUGGAUCUGAAAAUAGUUCAGGUGCAGCUGGAAAAGAGAUGAGUCUGGAGAAUUGUGGAAUGUGGCCGAUGAUUGGACAGCCCGUAGAACUGGCCAGCACUGCCAUCAUCAUCCUGGUGCGCUGCUUCACUUGUGGCACGAUCAUCUGCAACAAGUUGGAGGCCUGCCUGGGGCUGCUGCAGGCUCAGUACAUCAAGGGGGCUGCCCUGGAUGCGCUGGGCCCAAAGUGCAUCUGCAGCCAUUGCAUGCUGCUGGCCCAUGUGCACUUGACUGAAUGGCUGCUCAAUUAUGCGCCCCUGGAGAAGUGACUGCUGGACCCGUGCUGACCACGGGCAGUCAGUGUCUUCCCCAGAGUUCUUUCCAUUGAGGUAGCAGAGCUGGGAGCAAUGCCAGGCCAC